CUUGCCCUAACCCUGGGGGCUCCUCCUCGGCGAUGGUCGCUAACGGCUGCAUGGCGCCGCACGAGGCGGUGGAGGAGGAGGUGGAGAGGCUGAAAAUGGAGAUCCGCGAGGUGAAGGCGCUCAUCUGGGAGGGGAGGAUGAAGCUCGCGGCCACAGCGGACGCGGAGGAGCGGCAGUUUCUGCGGGAGGAGCAGCGCUGGCUGUUCGACGAGACGAGGAAGAUCCGGGACGAGGUGAGGGUGCGGCUGGAAGCGCGCAACAUUGCGAUGCAGCACCAAAUGGCGGCCCGCUUUGCGGCCGAGCCCGGAUGUGCUGGUACGUCAAACACAAACUGUACGUCGUCGUCGUGGAAGAUGCCCGUGCUCCAGAGGCCCGACACUCCCGCUGCUGCUGCCUGGGUGUUCCCCGACUUUGUGCCCGGCUGUGGCUGGCCGCCUUUACUUCCCUGCUCGCAGGAGCAGCAUCAACAGCACCAGCACCAGCACCAUCAGCAGCAGCAGCAGCAGCAGAGAGAUCGGCAGCCGCAGAAGCGUGAGCCGGAGCAUGUGGACCUGUCGGGCUGGACGUCAUGCCUCAUUCAGCAGCAGCAGCAGCAGCAGCAGCCACAGCAGAGCCAGGAGCGUCCGAAACCCAGGCUGCCGCCGUUGCGGCCGAGGAAGGAUGGAGAGGCCAAGACUGAUCCCCUGGUGAUGCAGCCACCAAAGAGCAACGGCAGCAGCAGCAGCAGCAAGAGGAAAAGAGCUUCCAAUCCGGCAGCUGCAGCGUCGACAAUCAAGGAGGAGCAGGAUGCGGGUGGUCGAGAGGAGCGGGGGAAGCGGCCGCGCUGGAAGGACCACUGGGUGAUGCAGCUCAUCCAAGUCCGGGGUGGGAUGCAAGAGGAGUUUAGCAAGCCGCCCAAGCAGGGCGUGGAUCUGUGGAGGCAGGUCUACACAAAGCUGGUCGCGUCGUGCCCGGAUUUUGACAAGGAGCCCGAGGCGUGUAGGAAGAAGUGGAAGACGCUGGUGACCGACUACAAGGCUGCCUCCACCAACAAUUCUAACAACAACACUAACACCGCGAGUACCACCACCAACACCGGUGCCAGCAGCGGUGCCGGUGAGGUGAACGAGAGGCCGGACAAGUGCCGCUAUUACACCAUGAUGGACGAGUACAUAAGCGUCAAGGACAUCCAGACGAGCGUCAUUGGCAGUGCCGCAACCGUGGCCACCAUUGCCUGCCUGGACGAGGUGACGAGCGAGCUCGACUGUGUGGACACCUAGCGAACAUGCAACGCGGGUGACACUAUCCCGGACCCGGGGAAAGGAGAUAUCUAUCCCGGAGAGAGGGGAAGGAGACUUCUUUUCUUUUUUAUUUUUGCGCGAAGAUAAUAUGGAGGAAGUAGAGGUCGAGGGGGAGGAGGAGGAGGAAGAGGAGGUGGCUGUGGUGGAGGAAGAGGAUCGAGUGAAGCAAGCACGGGCGCGGGUGUUGCGUGAUCGGCUUCGCAUUGCUGUGAUUGGGGUCGCUGAAUCACAAGCUCGACAGAGUGGACUGACUGUUUCCCAGCCGGUGAUGACGGCCAUCUGCGACAUCACCCACAAGUUCACCGAACAGCUAGGCAAGGAGCUCCAACUGUUUGCGCAUCACGCCGGUCGAAAGUCGAUCAACAUGGACGAUGUUAUCCUGGCUGCGCGCAGGAAUGAGGAUGUGGCCACGGCGCUCAAGGCAGCGUCGCACGAGCUGCCCGACAAGAAGAGGAAAAAGGCGCAGGGGGAGCAACAAGACAACCAUUUUCUAGUGAUCGAUUAGUUCAUCUGGAGUGGAGGAUCAUCGGUGUUUAGGACUGGAUGACUAGCGGACACUUUUACUUGCAUUUGCCGCAACAACAAUAAUGCAAUUAGAGCGAUUGGGCCACGUCAACUCGGCCCGGCGUCAAA